AUGGGUGGUGCUGCUGUGAUCGGGAUGGGUCUAUGGACAUUAAUAGAGAAAAGUAGCUACAUAACCUUCCUUGCCACCAGUACGCUAUCAGUGUCCGCGUCCAUCCUACUCUUUGCUGGCAGUGUUGUGAUGGUCGCCGGUUUUCUUGGAUGCUGUGCAAUGUCCCGAGAACACAAAGGCUGCCUUUCAGUAUAUUUGUCAAUAAUAAUUUCGGUUUAUGCUGCUGAACUUGCUGCAGGUCUCCUGGCAUACAUAUAUUAUGAUACCAUCAGCGAAGAGCUUAAAGAACAUCUGAAUCAGACUAUUGUGCGUCAUUAUGCAGAGCCCGGGAAGGAAUACAUUACCGAUGCAAUUGAUCAAAUGCAGGAAGAUCUUAGAUGCUGCGGCAGCAACAGCUACGCCGACUGGAAAUACAGUUUAUACAUCAACUCCGAGAAAUCCGACGGACGGGUGGUGCCUGACAGCUGCUGCAAGACCGUUACUCCGUACUGUGGGAAACGAGAUCAUCCCUCUAAUAUUUUCAAAGUGGAGAUAGGAUGUAUUUCCAAACUGGAAGAAUUCCUUCAAGAACAUCUCUUGAUCAUCGGAGCGGUUUCUGUGGGAAUUGCUUGUUUUCAGCUGGUUGGUGUAUUUCUAACAGCCUGCUUUUUGUGUGUCCUCUACAAAGAAGAAAAGGAAGAUUCAUAUAAUGUUACGUGAUUCCUUGUAUCAAAUAUAUUCGUAUUACUAUAUAAAUCAUAUGACCCAUGGACCGUGAAUUUGUUAAUCAACAAAUGAUAAUAGAUUAUAAUUAUAUUGGACCCAUUUCCCUUCUUAUUUAUGCUCUUAAUGUACUCUUGUUCCUUGUGUGUUGUUCCCUGUAGUGAUUGUAAGUUUUGUAGAUACCGUAAAUCAAAUGUAUUCAUGUUGGUGCUACUGAAAUAAAAUUAGAAACUUUACUUUA